UGUACCAAAAUAAUAAUAAUAAUAAUAAUAAUAAUAUCGUGAUCCUUGUGAUUGAAUAACCUGUGAUACAACGCAAAAAAGGGAGGGUGUAGGAGAACCCGUGACAGGCCAGGUGAACUGAAAUGAAACAUUGGAUCAGGCUGGUCUAAGAAGCCGCAAGAAUGGUGGGGAGAUUUUCGUGGUGCACGACGGUGGCAUUGGUGGUGCUGCUGCUUUUCGUCACAACCGAAGGUCUUCGUGAACGCAGUACUCAGCUCGACGAUCCUAAAACCACAAAUCGUGGAACGUUGAGGUAUCAUUCCAAAUCAUUGGAAGAAGCCACAACCGCAUCGACCUCAACAUCGAGAUCCAGAACAAGCCGAGACAGAUCAGCUCAAUCAAAGAGGUUUUCCAAUUCGGAAAGAUCGAACGAAGUACCGACCCAAGCGUCCGUGAUCGAUUUCGAGUCAAAAUUCGACUCGACCAAGAACUCGAUCGUAAGAACGACCAGAACCACUGAAAGGGACGUCUCCACUACGGAAUUAAAUGAUUCGAGAAGAGCCUUCUCCAGGAAAGAAAUAGAGAACGCUAAAAGCGUAGAUUCACCGAUUAAUAGAAGGAAUGGCAAAAGAUAUUUCUCCGAAACUAACGAGGGAGCAAAAUUGAAGGACAAUGAUGAAACAAUGGGAACGACGAAAGGAAUUUCUCGAAGAGCCUUUAAUAGAAAAUCGAGUAAUUCAAGUAGCACUGAAAGAUUGGACAACAAAGGGCCAUCUGUGUUUCUGGCUACCACUGAAUCCUCGAGAUCCAGAACUGGAAGGAAGAUUCAAACGACUUAUUCCAUGAAGGAUCUGAAGACGCAGAUACCCACUUCGAGAAGGUACACUAAUAAAAAAUUUGAAGAUGAAACUACCACAGUUUCGUUCAAAAGGGGUAGAUCGACGACGGAAAGGAUCGAAAAGAGUACCAGAUCCGGUAGAUCAAAGGUAACCAACACCAAAGAGAACAAUUCCAUUCAAAGAAGAGGUCCGGAUCCUCUCUUAUCGGAAUCUGAGAGCGUCAGAGUCGACAUCCCUCUGGUGGUCGAUACGACGCAAAAUCCGGUUCCUGACGUGACCACCAGCUUGGCAACUUCUCAGAGAAGAUCGGACGCUAAAGAGUCGUCCAAAUCCAAUGGAAGAACAGGAUCGUCGAAAAGUCGUGGAAGAUUGAACGACUCUGAGGCUGCUGGCUCCUCAAGAUCUAGUUCUCGAAGAGGAUCUUCCAAGUUCAGCGAUUCCACAACGACGGAAAGUAACGAGCAGGUCGUUAGUUCCAGGAGAAAUACGAUUUCCAGAGAUCGAUCGAGGGGUUCAGAUGGCAAGAGGAAUUCAACGACUGAGGCCAGAUCGAGAUCCAGGGGUAGAAAUUUGGAGAAUAACGCGAAGAAUGGCGGUUCUUCGGAACGAGAUGCGAAACGUAAGGUGGCUGGGGAGAGAAAUUCGGAGAGAAGAUCGAGGAUUCCCGAGGCUGCCACAAGGUUCAUAGAAAAUCAUGGACAGGAUGGUCAGGAUACGCGAGGAAGAUCGAGAGGCAGGUCAAGAACGGAUAUUACCACGCCCAUAGUUACAGAUGUUACCACGACCGUUGCGCUGGACACGACAAUUUUUAACAACGACGUAACAACAACCGAUUCUGAAGUAAUGGGUACUACCAUAAGACCAAUUACGUCGACCAAUUCAAGAAUACCCGUAAGAACAACAUCUUCCACAUCGUCUACUUCAAUCACGGAAUCUUCUGGUAGAGGUAGAGGAAGAGGCAGAAACGGUAGCCAAGGAAGAAAGAGCAAAGAAGACUUUUUCAAUCACGGAUUGGGAUUCAGGGGUAGGAAAGUUUUGCCCGAAGGAUUCUUGAACGACACGACAGAUUGGAAGAAAUCCUCGAGGAACGAGUCUCAAUCGCAUGGAAAUCCAGGCUGGACCUUAAGAAGGCGUCCAGCUCAUCUCAACAACUUUGAAAAUUCUUCGGGGACUCUCUCGGCAAGGGAACAAACGAACGAAGUGAUACCAUCGAACGAACAAUCGACCACCGACGUUGUAACGACCGAAAGCACUAGAAGAGGGUUCAAGAAGCUGCAAACGACGGAGGAAAGCUCGACGAUGGCUGAAACGACGACCAAGAGCUACAGAAGAGGUAAUAAAACCUUUGGACUCGGCAAGGCGGUUGCAGAAGACGAGGAGAGUGACAAUUAUCCGCCUGAGUUUAAGGCGAAAUUGUCUCAGUUGAAGAAUAUCAACACGAAAAUACCAGCUCCAAAAACCACUUCUAGAACACCAUUCGAGGAACAGCGGAAGAAUAACUAUGGCAGGCGUUCGAGGAAGAAUUCGAUGGCGGUCGAGCCUGAUGACCUCGAAACCGCAGCUUCAACAAAUAUUUUCACGGAUGAAAGUUUUAUCGUGAAUCCCUUAACUGCCUUGAUUAAUGGCACAGGAUUGCGACGCGUGAAAAAAUCAUCGGCCUCUCUGUUCGCUGAAAGAUCGAGGAUGAAGUUGGAGCUGGCUAGGAGGUUAGUGAAGCCAGAGUUGAACAUCGAGGAGAAUGAUCUCGACGCAACCACGGCCUCCUCUUUCAGCAAAGAGCCGAAGCCAACCGGCGUGCCGGUGAUCGAUGAGACGAGCAAGGUCGCCAAAUAUGCCAAGCCAAAGGGGGCCCGGAACAGGGCUUCGACCCCUUUGCAGACCUCUUGGGAAGAGGCGAGCGUGAAAGCCUCGAAACUUUCUAGUCCGAGGAAAGGUGUCGAGGAUUCUUCCAAGGUCACAGGAAGACCGUACAAUUUAAAGAAAGGACGGAUCAUCGGCGAGCAAAUAGUUACCUCGAUCUCGGUCGAAGAGAGGCCCAUCGAGGAGACGACCAAACCUUACACGAAUCCAUCGAUCAUCGGUUUCGCGGAAGAGGGAGCGGCGACAACCGUCGACUCGACGAGGAUUCGUCCGGGAGGGAACGGUCGUGGAGGGAAGAAAUCGAGGGAAGAGAGCUCGGUGUCGAGCAAGAACGCGAAAGUCUCGCUCUACUCUACCCGACGUGCCGAGGAUAUCGAGCCUGUAACGACUAUCAAACCGAAAAAAUCUUAUCCAUCGCGUAACAGCAAAUUGCAGGAACAGACAGAGCAGGAUUCCACGACGUCUAAGAAAUCGUAUGCGCCAAGAAAGUCGCAAGCGUUUCAGGAAGAGGAUCUUAGCAAGACUAAGUUCGGUAGCGGCGUGACCAAGCCCACGUUCAGACCUCGUUACAUUAAACGAACCAAGGAUAAAUUUCUGGACGAGAGGACGACAAUCGAUCAAUCUACCAUUACCACUAAUACGCCGGUACCUACUAGCAGAUAUUCGAGGAAAAAAUCCGCGGUGAAGUCUGUCGAUGAUAGAUCGAAAUCCGCGGAGGGAUCGCAAACGAAGAAGCUCGAAUUUAGACCUCGAACCGCCACCUAUCGAAGACACUCCGAGGUUCCAACGACCUUGGUCGGAUCUACUCCCAGGAUCGAUGGUGUGGCCAUCACGCCUCGGUCGGCAAAGUAUCAUGCCACGUUGAAGACAUCGACGGUGUCUUCUAGAUCGGUAGUGCAGGAAUCGCAGGUAAAUUUGAGAAUCGCGAACGAAUCGGCACAAGAGGCGUCAGGAAUUACCGGCAGCAGCAAUGGAGACAGUGGUAACUCGAAUAUCUUCAAUCCUACGAAAAGCACGAUCCUUGCUGGGAACAACACCCUGUUGGAACAAUUAAGAAGCACGGUGGCACCGUUGUUAAACUCCCUUGGCAACAGGACACCUGUGUUCUCCGGAUCUUACAGUAACGUUAACAAUGUGAAUUCCUCUCCCAGAAUCACCCCUAAUGGACAACCGCCUCGCUUUAGCGCGAGAUACAAAGGAGCGGAAUUGUUUGUCAGGAAGCAAAAUAACAUUUAUCAGCCCACUGUGCCAUCCGUCACUAGUUCGUCAACUACACCAGUUACACUUAUCGAGAACACUGGUUCGGCACCACCCAUCGAUGUCUCGAAUCCUGGCCAGUCGAAAUUCUUGACCCUUUAUCAGGCGUUGGAGUCGGCCAGCAUCAGGAACGAACAGUUACUGAGAAACAUGAGCGCGCAACAGCAAGAGGGACGACUAGUUGGCAUGGUUCCCCAGGUAGACUCUAACGCCACUGCCGCUAACGUCACCGGCGAUAAUGCUAACAAUGACGCGACAAGCCCCACCGUAGCGACAACCGGCCCACAGACCCCAGACACCACCUUGAACACUAUUCAGGACAGCACACAGACCCCGAGAUUACCCGAGGACACGGAGAACUCCACCCCCGCGGUAACCACAGGAGCCCCUGAAACCCCUUCGACGACCGAACCGGUUUUCACGAGCACAGAACCGUCCUCUAGUACCGAACAACCGACCUCCACCAGCACAGAAUCGUCCUCCAGUACCGUGCAAGUUUCCACGAGUACAGAUUCGUCCUCCACCGGGGAACAGAUUUCCACGAGCGGCGAUUCGACGUCCGUGACCGAGCAGACCACUACAGAGACGGUCUCACGGGUUACAGAUGCAACGACGAUGAGCGUGGGAGGCGCGGAAGACACUCAGACCCCUGCAAUGGUAGAUAAUGGCAGUUCGAGCACUCAGGAACUCGUAAGUUCAUCCACGGAUAUUUCUGUGACUACGUCCGCCAUGACUACUAUGAAUCCUGUGUCCACGACUCCUAUGAUUACGAGUUCUGCGCCCGAAGCUGCUACUCGACUCGAGGAGAGUACCGGUUCCACUGCUGGUAGCAACGAUGUACAAAGUACGGAACAGUUAACAUCAACCAUCGGUGAUGUUUCAUCGACGACGAUAGGAGUUUCGCAGGAUACAAUGGAGACGAGCACUGUCGCCAGCACGCCGAGUAGCACGUUCAAAAAUCCCGAGACUAACACCAUACCUUUCUCUGAUACGAUUGCCAGUCAGACAACCGACGCUAGCGGUUCGACCGAUCCUCCCGGCUCGACGGAAGCAGAUUCGAGUAAUAUGAUCGACGUAGAGACGACUACGGCGAUACCUGUGUCCACGACUCGAAACAGGUUGAUAGAUUUUGCACAAGAUAUUCUGUCUCGUUUGCAAGCUAGCCUGUCUACCACGGUGCCAAGUGUGGAUUCGACCACGUUGUCCCCUCGGUUGAUUGAGACAUCGAAUCAAUCAAGUAACAAUCGUAGCUUGGAAUCUUUGUCGCAGAUGAAGGAAGGAACGACUACUUUGUCGUCUGUCACGAUGGAUCAAUCGAGUUUAAGAAGCGAAGAAAUGACCACUCAGAGCGCAGUAGGUUCAAUUACUACUUUGUCACCCACUCAAGAGGCCAACACGCGGGACGAUAUGAAUGUAGUCACAACCACAACACCAAGAACAACAACAAUAGUCACACAAGACUCUCAAACAAUUUCGAACACAGAUUCCACAACCGUAGGUGAUUCAAACAGUUCAACGACUUCCCAAUUAGACGUUGAAAUAACCACUUCAUCGACGAUCACUUCCACCAAUGAUACUUUACUAACAGAGUUAAUGUCCAUUGCCAAGACACUCUUUUCGGAAGAGAUGAACGAACAACAAAUGACAGCAGGGCAAAAUUUAAACGACACGUUUAGUUUGGAAAACGAGGUAGACAGUCCGAAUUUGUCGAAUGUUGCGCAACUCAGUACAACCCAAGCUGCAGAAUCGACGUCCGUUUCCCCAGACGUGACGACAGAAAGCAUAGAGUCAACAUCUACCGCAUCCUCCGCUGACCCUUCUCAGAACGAAGUGGACUUUGCAAAUUCUGUCACAACGGUAUCUUCUGAAAAUUCGUCAGACACGUCUAUAACCACCCCUCGAAACGUGUUUAGCGUCGAUAACGAGGUAGAAAGUGUACAAACGAACGGAACCGCAUUAGAAUCUUUUGCUCAAAUUGUAGAGUCAACGACUCCCUCAUUUACGACCGAGAUCGGACCACGAAUCACUCAGCCAAAUACAGAAUCGUUCGAAAAUGGUGUUGAAACUACCACGACACAGACAACCACCAGCACACAAAAUUCAGAAACGAUAUCUACCACGAAUUUUCAACUAACCACUAACACGUUCGACUUAAUCACGACGACUGGCCUUCGAACAACCACCGAGAGUACCACCGAACCACCCGUAGAAACCACUGUGUCAUUAACCAGUUUCACAACUGUAUCGCAGCUUGUGACAGAGACAAGCACUAAUCAAUCCGACGUAACUACCGUAGCUCCUGAAACCACACUUCCCUCUGUAAAUACGAUCACCACCACACCAUCGACAUCCCUCGAUACGAACACAGAGCAAACUACAACGGCACCUGGCGUAGAGUCGAUCGUAAACGGCGUAGAAAAUGUGGAAACUAACCAAACAAUGUCCACGACAACGCAGUUGGCACCUGUGACGAGCGCUGAUAACGAAACCCUCGAAGCCACCACGCCACCGAUUACAACCACUGCGCCCCAGGAUGUUAAUUCCACGGAUGACACGGGAGUAACUACUAACCAGUCCCCUCCGCUAAUAUCGAGUCCAAUGCCCGCCACGGAAUAUGCUAGCGAAGCGACAAGCGUCCCCCAAACAACCCCAAACCUCGAGAACGAAACUCCAAUUAUUCUUGCCCGUUUCCAGGAUACCACAUCAACAACCGCCCAAGGGACGGCAGGUUCAGGAGUCGGCCAAACGACCGAGAUCACCACUCCCACGAUCCAAGAUUCCUCCACCGUCCCAUCAUCCACUUUCGAAUCCUUAAGUUCCUCGUCGCUUCCCUCCGACUCGACCACCUCGUCUUCGGUCGAGACGACGACAACGACCACGACGACGACCAUGACCACGACGACGAUGACCGAGAUGACAGAACGCGUUCCUGACGGUGGAACAUCCACGCCUCAAACAACGAGAAUGGACGUCUUCACCGUCACUCCGGUGACGGAGACUACUACCACGGUUCCGAGCACCACCCUCGAUAUAGAGGAGAAUCUGAUCUCCACCGAAACUGGAUCUACUUCGACGACGGAAACCACGACCACCGUGUCGUCGGUGACCAACGGUGGCCAAGGUGGUACGAACGACACCACGAGUAUCACUCCUGAAAGUACCACCACUUCUGAAACGACGCAAACUAGCGCUGCAACGAUCGCAUCGUCGAGUUCUUCGACUACUCCGCCCUCUCAGACCGCCACGACGCAGUACUUGGGUCGAUUCGGUGCCAGCAGAUUGACACCCGCGCCACUCUUCAGCCUGAGCUCGACCACCAAAACUCCUCUUCGAGAUUACCUGGUGUACGGGAUUUAUCCGAAUAAAACGAUCGUGAGGAAACGGCCGGAGGACAACCUGAUCGACGCGAGGAACGUGGACAGCCCGUACGUGAUAUUCGGUAUCUUCCCGGACGGAAGGCUGGUCCGGAAAUUCCCGAAUGGAACGAUAAUACCGGAUCCACCUAGGAGCCCGGUCGAGGUUGUGUUCUCACUUAGCACUACAACUACCACUAACAGGCCACCACCCAGACCGUAUUAUAACCAGGCUAACCAAGGCACUUACAAUCAGUAUCGAGGCCCUGUGUACUAUAAUAACGGUAUACCUGUCGCUGAACCGAUGAGAAACGUCCAAAGUCCCGGCACCGUUGAUCUUGGCCUUACUGGUAACGCGAUCGUCGGCCCUAAUGGAGGUGGACCCGAUAAUACGGGGCCACUUGGUACCCCUGCUAGCACCAACGAAAUGAGCAAUGCCCUGCUGAAUACGCAAAUGGGGACAGCAUCGGUGACGCCGAUAGUAAGUACCGGUCGACCGCCGACCGUUUUGCAGGGCGGUCGUAUCGUCCAAGAUCGAGAGAGGGACGAGGCCACCAGGACGAAAGAGGCCGGAGGUCAACGCAGCUCCGUGUACAUCGGACAGGACAAGUUCGUCAAUUAUUGGACCGAUGGGGCUUCCACCACUAACCCACGCGCUCUCAGUGUGAAUAUAAAUUCGGUAGCUACUGCCGCAAAUGUGGGUCCAUCAUCUUCGGUUCCAUCAUUUGAUAAUCUUUUGAAUAAUCAGCCAGGAAAUCAAGUCACAGCCCCCCCUGGAUUUCCAUGGAGAGAUCCUUUGGAUCAAAUCUUUGGUAUUACUACCUCCUCGCCGGUUAUAACCGCAUCAGUAGCAUCAAAUACGUUGGACGAUACAAUGGAAUCGAAUAAUCCAGCCUUGCCACGUCCAAUCAAUCCAUACGUCGAGGUUUUCACUCCAUUUUCUAGCGUGAUUGGUGUUCCAAAAGGCAACGUAGGAACUAUUCCACCACCAUCAGCAACAACAUCUAUUACAUCAACAACUCCUAUUUCUACUACUAGUAGCAGUACUACCACCACUACAUUGGCACCAAUGACAACAACCACAACCACAAUGGCACCAACAACUACCACUAGUACAACUACAAUGGCACCAACUACAACAACUACAACUACAAUGGCACCAACUACAACAACUACAACUACAAUGGCGCCCACAACUACAACUACAACUACAACAGCUACAACAGUUGCAUCUACUUUACAGCCUGCAACAACAACACAAACUUCUCAAACAAAUGUACAAAUGAUGAAUUUAUUAAAUCGGCCACAGCAAAAUGCUUUUGGUACCUCGAUCGAUGAUUUAGUUUUCUUGAAUUCAUUGUUGCAAAAUGAUUCACGAAGCAAUACACAGAGGACACUCACCCAAGUCGAGCAGCUGUUAGCAAAUAAGAUCUUGUCUCUAGCAUUGAACCAGGCAGGACAGGGAUCAACUCGAGCGCCAAAAGCUAUAAGCAUUGAAAAUGUUUCGCCAAAUUCAAUUUUCGAAUCCGCAUCUACUUCGAGGCCAAUAGUGAUCGAUUUGUCUCCAUCAUCGACAACAACCACUGCACAGAAAUCGACCGAUCAAAAAUCGAUAAUAAGUGGUUCGACACCCGAACAAUUGACUUGGAAACCAGUUACAACCACGACUACGAAAAAAGAUAUCGAAACAAAUACAGUUUCUGCAGCAUCGAGCACAGCCAAAAUUACUCAGAUAAGCACCACUAAAGCUCCUGUAACAAUGAAGGUUAAAUCAGUGACCACUCCUCGACCUAGGACCACCACGACUCAAGCGCCAUUAGGCUUCGGUAGUCUUCUAUGGCAGACUAUUUUCGGUGGAGGUUUAUUUGGAUCAACAACGACGACUCCUAAACCUGUGAAGGCUAAGCCAGCAAAGACGGCGCAAAAAUCUGUUGAUAUCACUCCAAAGCCGCAGAUUCAAACUAUGCAGAGAUUAGAAACGACAACUACUCCUUCCACUACAACUCUGAAAACUGUGGACAUUUCGAAAAUUCAAGUGAGCAGUCCAAAUUCGAUGAUAGAGGAUAAGUCGGUGGCCUCGUCGUUUGCAAUAUCUACAACGAAGAAACCAUUGAUCAAUAAUCCAAAUCCUCGAUUGCCUAACGUGGUGACGUCAACCUAUUCUCCUGAAGAAGAUGCAAAAUUCUUGGUUGAGCUUCUUCGUGCCGUUGAACAAGAUAAUAAGGCUGGUUCCUCGAAGAAGACGAGGUUAACUCAAGACGAUGAAUCCUUCUUAAGAGCAAUUUUGACCGGUCGAGGUUUAACAACAACAAUGCCAUCAUCGACGACAGAAAUCAGUAACGCUGCUUUGCUGGCGGCUUUGUUAAAGGCCCAAGGAAUAGAACCAUCGACCCCGGCCACUAAUAUCAGGGAACAAUUGCAGCUGAUGAGCCUUGGGCAGAGUGUCACCUCUGCUCCGACCGAGUCCACAGCGGCCAAGUCGGCGACAAUUACGACAAGGCCGGCAUCGAGUGGUGCAACCCGACCUACCGACACCACGAAAAAGACGGUGACACCGAGACCAACCUCGGCACCAAGGAUACGCACAACAACCUGGUCGCCGAGCUCCACGUAUCCACCAUCCCUCUUCAGCUCCUUCUCCAAUUACGGUACCCCGGUACAGUCAGCCGAUAAUUCUGGAAAUAGCGCGUUAUUCGGUGCUACCAGAGCGUUCAGCCAAUUUCUCGGUGCCGCGAUAAGCGGAGCUGCUCAACAAUUGCAAUCGCUUGUCAGAAACGGUACUAGAAUUGUAUCCGAAGUGAUGGGAUAAAG